AUGGUUAUCAACAUUAAUUGCAUCCCUUUAAAUCAAGAAAUUGGAUCAACUCAAGCAGUGACUACAUCAAAGCCAACAACUCGGCCAACAAAUCCACCUACAACCAAAGCACCGCAAACAACAGCUGCAACCACUGCAGCCACAAAUGCAGCAACAACUGGUGCAACAACUCAAGCAACGAUACCACCAACUCCUCCUGUUAAUCCUUGUCUAGCAGUCACUGAAAAAAAUCGACUGGAUUGCUUUGCAGACUAUUCCUUUUCCAAUCCUUCUUCCUGUGCAAAUCGGCGCUGCUGUUGGAGGCCAAUUUCGACCGGUGGUGUACCAUGGUGUAUCUAUUCCGACAAAUUUUCAUUUUACAACAGCACAGUUCGAACGAUGCCCUUCGGAAUUCGUGCUAUCUUAAUGCGGGAUGCUUUCAUGCCUGUUCAUUACGGUAAUGCUCCAAAUAUGAUCUAUGCAGAUUUCCAAUUUCAAACCAAUGAAAGAUUGAGAAUGAAAAUUUACGAUCCUAAUAAUAAAAGAUUCGAAGUUCCUAUACCAAUGCCAACCAUGUCGGACACUGACAACCAGGCUAGUGAUCCUUUAUAUGAAGUGGAAGUAUUGACUAAACCAGUUUUUACCAUUAUUGUAAAGAGAAAAUCAACAGGAACAAAAAUCAUUGAUACAACUCUUGGCCCAUUAGUAUUUGAAGAUCAGUAUUUGGAAUUGUCAACUAGGCUACCAUCUACUAACCUCUAUGGAUUAGGAGAGCAUGUUCAUAGUACGUUUAUGCAUAAGGAUUUUCACUGGAAACGUAUUCCUAUCUUCGCCCGCGAUCAAGCACCAGUCCUCAAUGCCAAUCUUUACGGCUCACAUCCUAUGUAUUUAAAUGUCGAAGACGAUGCAGCCAAUAGUCAUACCGUACUAUUAAUGAAUAGCAAUGCUAUGGAGGUUAUUCUAACGGGAGCACCAGGAUUGCAAUGGCGAACAACCGGUGGUAUUCUCGAUUUUUACAUAACGAUGGGCCCAAUGCCACAUCAAGCUGUUCAACAAUACAUUAAGAUGAUUGGCUUACCCUACUUUCCGCCUUAUUGGUCUUUGGGAUUUCAGCUAUGCCGUUGGGGUUAUAACAGCUUGGAUCGUGUUAAGCAAGUAGUAGAAGAAGUAAGAUCGUUUGACAUACCACAUGAUGUUCAAUAUGGGGAUAUCGAUUACAUGAAGCAUGCCUUAGAUUUCACGUGGGAUCCGGUCAAUUAUGCUGGCCUUCCUGAAUUUGUCAAUGAUUUACGCUCCAGAGGAAUGCGCUACAUCAUUAUAUUGGAUCCAGCUAUUAGUGACAAUCAAACUGCAGGUACAUAUCCUCCUUACGAUAAUGGAGUCAAGAUGGACAUCUUCAUCAAGGAUGGUGAAGGCAAGACUUUAAUUGGCAAGGUUUGGCCUCGAGGUAACGCUACUUUCCCUGAUUAUACAAACCCAAAUACUACUAUAUGGUGGCAAGAAUUAAUCGUGAACUUUCGCAAGAACAUCACAUUUGACGGCUUAUGGAUCGAUAUGAAUGAACCUGCCAAUUUUGUUGAAGGUUCCAUGAAGGGUUGUCCAAAAAAUAAAUAUAAUAAUCCACCAUAUAAGCCACUCAGCAUUUUUGGCAGCACAUUGAAUGAUAAAACUAUUUGCAUGGAUUCUAUGCAACAUUGGGGUCUACAUUAUGAUGUUCAUAGCUUGUACGGAUUUAGUGAAACAGAACCCACUCUCAAAGCUGCUAGAGCUUCUACAGGAGAGCGAAGUAUCGUCAUAUCCCGAUCUACUUUCGUAAGUUCUGGUAAAUAUGGUGGUCAUUGGCUAGGUGAUAACUUCUCUACAUGGCCUGAUCUAGCAUAUUCGAUCAUUGGCUGUUUGGAGUUCAAUAUGUUUGGCAUCCCAUAUAUUGGAGCAGAUAUUUGCGGAUUCAACGGUAAUACUAAUGAGAACCUGUGUAAUCGAUGGAUGCAACUCGGAGCAUUCUACACAUAUAGCAGAAAUCACAAUGGUCGAGGAAAUUCGCCUCAACAUCCAACAGCUUUUGGAGCUAAACUAGCUAAUAGUGCUAGAAAAGCCCUGCUAGUUCGAUAUAAGUUACUCCCCUAUUUAUACACCUUAUUUUAUCACGCAAAUACAGAUGGCUUAACAGUUAUGCGUUCCUUUUUGUUUGAAUGGCCAACUGAUCCAGUUGCAAGGAAUACAGACAGACAAUUUUUGUGGGGUGCUGCGUUAUUAAUUACGCCGGUUUUAACUGAGAAUGCCGUUAAGGUGACCGGCUACUUUCCCGAUAGUAGGUGGUACGAUUAUUAUAAUGGAAUUGAAGUUGGUAUACGUAAAGGAAAUGUUGAAUUAAGUGCUCCAUACGAUCAUAUUAACGUUCACGUUCGUGGAGGAUAUAUCUUACCUAUGCAAGAAGCUGCUAAUAAUACCUACUUUGCACGUAUGAAUCAAUUUUCUUUACUAGUCGCUAUGGAUGACAAAAUUACUGCGAAGGGGAAUCUAUUCUGGGAUGAUGGAGAUUCAAUAGAUACCAUACCGAAAGAUCAAUAUCUCUACGUCGACUAUACAGCAGAUAAGACAUCAUUGAAAGCCGUUGUUUCCAAGAAUAAUUACAUUGCUGCAACAACUUUAGGAGAGAUCAAAGUUUAUGGUUUAUCUAUUCCUACAGUCAGUAAUGUUCAAGUUGAUGGUACAACAACAGAAUUUACUUUUGAUAGCGUAUUUAAAGUAAGCAUUCUAACACUGAUUGAUAUUAAAUUUUCAACAACCAUGCCAAUUACACCACCACCCACUUCUUGCCCAGCAGUGAAUGAUAAUGAUCGUAUUGAUUGCUUUCCAGAUUAUUUCCAAUCUUCAGAACAAACAUGUCGUAGUCGUGGUUGUUGCUGGGCAGCAACAAAUGUACCCAAUGCUCCUUAUUGCUUCUAUCCCCAAAAUUAUCGAACUUAUUACGUUAGCAAGACCGAAAAAAAAUCAUAUGGUCAAACAUUAGAACUAACCCGCGAUACUGCAACUCCUGUUCAAUAUGGCAGUCGGAUAUCGACAUUAACUGCAGAUAUUCAGUAUCAAACCAAUGAACGACUUCGAAUUAAGAUUUACGAUCCUAACAAUGCUCGAUAUGAGGUUCCAAUUACGAUGCCAAAUCUGUCCGGUAAUGAUGCAGAAGCUCCGAACCCUCUCUAUCAAGUCCAAAUUCAAGAGAAUCCUUUUGCUAUUAAAGUCAUUCGUAAAGCAACCGGAAAAGCAAUCUUUGAUACAACUCUAGGCCCUUUACACUUUGAAAAUCAAUACCUUGAAUGGAGCACAAAAUUAUUAUCCAAAGAUUUCUAUGGUAUUGGCGAACAUGAACAUCGAUCAUUUAAGCAUCAGCAAUGGAACUGGAAAAGAUGGGGUCUAUUCGCAAGAGAUCAACCACCCACUGUACACGGAAAUUUAUAUGGCACUCAUCCUAUGUACUUCAACAUCGAAGAUGAUCAAGCCAAUAGCCAUGCAGUUCUUUUCUUCAACAGUAAUGCAAUGGAGGCCGUUCUUUCUCAAAGUCCAGCUAUAACAUGGCGCUCUAUUGGUGGCAUCGUAGACUUUUUCAUCUUUAUGGGACCUCAGCCAAAACAAGCAAUUUCACAAUAUGUUAUGACUACCGGUGCACCUUAUUUUCCACCAUAUUGGGCAUUGGGCUUCCAGUUAUGUCGUUAUGGCUAUGGCAAUGUAUCGCGUGUAAGACAAGUUCUAUCUGAAAUGAGAGCUUAUGAUAUUCCACAGGACGUUCAAUAUGGAGAUAUAGAUUAUAUGCAAACUCAAUUAGAUUUUACUUACGAUCCAGUUCGCUAUAAGGAUAUGCCAGCAUUAGUUAAUGAAGUCCAUUCUUACGGCCAAAAAUAUAUCAUUAUUCUAGACCCAGCUAUUGAUACAACUAGACCAGCAGGUACUUAUCCGGCAUUCGAUGAAGGGAAAAAAAUGGGCGUUUUUGUCAAUAAUAGCGAUGGAACGAUGCUCCUUGGCAAGGUUUGGCCACCAGGUAAUGCAUCUUUCCCGGAUUAUACUGCUCCACAAACAUCAGAUUGGUGGACCCAAUUGUGUGUUGACUUUCAUAAAACUAUCCCAUUUGAUGGAUUAUGGAUUGAUAUGAAUGAGCCAGCUAAUUUUGGAACGGGUUCCAUUAUCGGUUGUCCAAACAACCCAUAUAAUGCUCCUCCUUACAAGCCACAUGGAAUAUGGGGUCCCAAUCUUAAUGACAAAACAAUCUGUAUGGACUCUAUACAAAAUUGGGGAGUCCAUUACAAUGUUCACAAUUUAUAUGGUCAUAGUGAAAUGGAACCUAGUUUGAGGGCUGCUCGUGCUUCGACUAAUAAAAGAAGCCUGGUUAUAUCUCGUUCUACUUAUGUUAGCAGUGGUAAAUUCGGUGGCCAUUGGCUAGGCGAUAACGCUGCUAAUUGGAAUUCUAUGGCGUAUUCUAUCAUUGGUAGUUUAGAGUUCAAUCUUUUUGGUAUUCCAUACAUUGGAGCCGAUAUAUGCGGAUUCUUUGGCGACUCAACCGCAAAAUUAUGUAAUCGUUGGAUGCAAUUAGGCGCUUUCUACACCUACUCGAGAAAUCACAAUACUCUUAAUGCGAAGCCUCAUCACCCUCCAGCAUUUGGAGCUGCAAAUGCUAAUAGUGCUCGCAAGGUUUUACAUACACGCUAUAGAUUACUGCCUUAUUUAUAUAAUUUACAUUAUGAGGCAACAACGGCUGGUGCAACAAUUAUGAGGGCUCUAAUGUUGGAGUUUCCCACUGAUAAAACAGCUCGUGGAAUUGACAAACAGUUCUUAUGGGGUAGUGGACUUCUUAUAACGCCUGUACUAACUUUGGACGCAGUAACAGUCGAUGGAUAUUUUCCUGAUGCUAGAUGGUAUGACUAUUAUACGGGUGCUCAAGUUGGAGUACGAAGAAGUUAUUUAACAUUAAAUGCACCGUUUGAUCACAUACCAUUACAUGUUCGAGGAGGAUCUAUUUUCGUCCAACAAGAGCCAGCUAAUACUACUUAUUUUGCACGACAAAAUUCUUUCAGCUUAUUGGUUGCUAUGGAUGAUACCUUACAAGCUAGUGGAAACUUAUUUUGGGAUGAUGGAGAGACUAUUAAUACAAUUGCUAAUGGACAAUAUCUUCGUGUUAAUUAUAAAGCAACAAAGAGUGGGUUGACAGCUACCGUUGUGCAAAAUGGCUAUACCGCUCAAACUAGUUUGAAUUAUAUUACAGUAUAUGGAUUAUCUGUAGCCAGUAUCAACCAAGUCCAACUCAAUGGCACUUCAACGCAGUUUGAUUUUAGUAAUAAUUACAAGGUAAUUGUUGAAAAUAUUUUCUGA